AAUUUAGUAAAGAAUACGGCCAAAACCAAAUAAUAAUGAGGAUGAAUUUUGGAGAAGUGCCAUAAUAUAACCCAUUUGAAUGACGUAUGAAAUUUUUUGAACACAAUAUGCAAGUUCAAAGCCACCCAUUGAGGAGAAAUUUGUACAAUUUCACUGAUCUUAUGAUACACAAGACUUUUGAAUUUGAUAAGCAUUGCGACUAAAAUGCAGUAACUCUAAAUUAUGCGGUCAUCAUUCUAUUGGCCAUGUGUAAUCUACCAGAUUGACAGUUUUUUAUCCAGAUCUGUUAAUUUUUUUUCCAUUGUUUAAUAACUUCGAACUUUUUAGAUCUAGAUGUCGGAUUACACUCCAGGUUCCCUGCAACACUAUAUACUUGGAUCAAAAUCCUCAGAACUUAAUAGUGAUCUCGACGCUUUGUUUAAAAACAGUGCUGGACCGGCCCAAAUAUCCAAAGAAGUAUCUAUUAAUUUUAUAGAAAAUAAAGUCAAAAGUCUUAGUUUUGAAAAUGUGGAGCCUGUUUCACGUAAAAAGAGUCAUUCUUGGAAGAAUGCCAACCACGGUUGUCGCCUUGAAGACGUGAACAAUGUCUACGAGGAAGCAUCUCAUAAUAAGAAAUUGGAGUUUAAGAACAAACCCAUUGAAGAAAAUUAUGAAAUAAAGGUUAUGAAAAAAGAAAUGAAGACUUCAUACGAAAAAGUUUCUAGUGAAAUAAAUGAAGAAAAUAAUUUGAAUUGCGAAAAACAUCUUAAACGUAAACGUCCAGCAAGAGAUUCGAAGUCUCAUAAGAGAACUAAAGUUACAAAGGAUAUUACAUCUGAUGAAUCUAACUCUGACAAGAAGAUAUGCAAGAAAAAUAUUAUAUUAGAUGAAACAAAAAUCUCGACAAAAGAUUCAAAAACUAUGAAUAUUGUGGAUAAUGGUCAACAUAAAAAUGAAUUAUCCAGUGUGAUUAAUAAAGAUGAUCCCGAACGCUUGCAAAGAACAAUAUUUGUUGGGAAUUUACCAGUUUCGGUUAUUCAAAAGGUUAACCAUAAAAAGUUAAAGACCAUUUUUUCUCAAUUCGGAAAAAUCGAAAGUGUGCGAUUUCGCUCAAUUGCAUUUUCCGAACUGCUUCCUCGUAAGCUUGCUUUUAUCAAGGGCAAAUUUCACCCUGAACGAGAUGUUCUUAAUGCAUACAUUGUAUAUAAAGAAAAAUCAUCCGUUCAACAAGCAAUCGCUAUGAAUUCUCAAGUUUUUUUUGGGAAGCAUCUACGCGUUGACUCUGUGGCUAAUCCUCAAAAUCAUGACAGAAAAAGAACUGUGUUCAUUGGCAGUUUGGCUUUUGAUGCACAAGAGGAAGAAUUGUGGUCAUACUUUGAAAGUUGUGGGGAAAUUGAAAAUGUUAGAAUUGUGAGGGAUAGUAAAACUAAUGUUGGAAAAGGAUUUGCAUAUGUACAAUUUAAGGAACGUGUUUCUGUUGAGCUUGCACUCAAGUUAAAUGAUACAAAGCUUGGCACUCGAAAAAUUCGAGUGAUGAGAUGUGAGAAGGGAAAUCAUGUUAAUAGUAAAUCAAAAAUUGGAAAAGCUAAAUUUGGAAAGGAGUUAAUGGAAGGUGUUCGUGUGAAUAGUAAAUACAAACAUAAAAAAGGUAAAUCAAUUCAAAAACAUAAUAGAUUAGUAAAGAAAACAUUUGAGGAUACACGUACAAAAAAAGCUCGUUCAAGAACUCAGGCUUAAAAGAAAAAUUCAAACUAAGGGGAAUUGCUUAUAUUUGAUAACAGAUAAUUAUUAUUUAUCAUUAGCGAAAUAGAUGUUUUCCGGAUCAAACCAGAGAUCAAUAUAUAUUGCCACCUUUCUUUUGUUCAUUAUCUAAUAGCAGAAUUCAAUCUUUUAUUUCAAUAAGUUAUAAAGAAUUUCUACAGUACAA